UUGUGCUGUCAGUCUGACGCACUUCCGGCAACUGUUCAUACUCAGAGGAAGUUACAACCGUGUAACACAGGUAUUCCACACACGGAAGUGUAAAACAUACUUUGAAGACAACUAUUCGUUUAGCUCCUGUCAUUUAAUGGCUUAUCCAGGAUACGGCGCGAUGCCUGGCAUGCCAGGUCAGGGGAUGCCACAACAUGGAAUGCCACAACAUGGAAUGCCACAACAUGGAAUGCCAGGAGGGCACAUGGGAGGUCCCAUGGGUGGUCCCAUGGGAGGUCCCAUGGGAGGUCCCAUGGGAGGUGCACCACCCCAGGGAGGAUAUGCGCCCUAUGGUGGAGGCUAUUCAAGUGGAUAUGGUGCUGCACCAGCUGCCAAUGAUCCAAUGUGGGGUUACUUUACAGCCAUAGCAGGCCAGGACGGUGAGGUUGAUGCCGAGGAACUCCAGAGGUGUCUGACUCAGGCAGGUUUCACUGGCACCUACUCGCCCUUCAGCCUGGAUACCUGCAGAAUCAUGAUUGCGAUGCUUGAUAGGGACUUCACUGGCAAGAUGGGGUUCAACGAGUUCAAGGAGCUGUUCACAGCUCUGAACGGCUGGAAGCAGAACUUCAUAAUGUUUGAUCAGGACAGGAGUGGAAGCAUUGAGCCUCAUGAGUUGACUCAGGCUAUCGCCGCUAUGGGUUACCGCGUCAGUCCUCAGGCUCUGAACGCUAUCAUCAAGCGCUACAACAAAGGCGGAAGAAUCUACUUUGAUGACUACGUGGCAUGCUCUGUCAAACUGCGAGCCGUCUCAGAUAACUUCAAACGUAGAGACACCAUGCAGCAGGGAUCUGUCACCUUCCAGUAUGAUGAUUUUAUCCAGUGCACAAUGUCCAUCUAAGUGCUGGUGACGGUCCACACUGUGAGGUCAGGGCGUCUGACGGACCAAUCGGUGGCAUAUUCCGGAACAGUGACUUGCAGGAAUGCAAAAUGGUGGCCAGUAAAGACCAUGAGCUGCAAUGAGAACGUACCACUGCUUGUAAUGCUUAUCAUAAUGCUUACGGUCCACACACACACACACACACACACAUACACACACAAUAAACAUAGCAUCUAGAUAAUUCCUUCACGGGGGAGUAUAAUAGAUUUCUAUAAUAAAGUUAUGUAUCUUGUACUAAAAAAGGAACCGAUAUGUGGGACACCUAAUGUGCCAUUAUAAUCUUCGAAUGUAUUGUCAAGUAUAUUAAAACCAUUUAUAUGCAACCUCAUAUUAAUGUAAGUAUCAUGGUGGAUAAAUAUGUGUGAGCAGCAUUUACUGUGGGCUCUUUCCACAGGAAAAGCACAGGUGUUACUCAUCACAUUAACGAUGGCUCUGUUCAGUUCAUGUAAGUCAGGAAGAGUGAGACAGUGAACCAGCAUGCGCCCUGAAACUAAAUGGAACCCAGCUCUCGUUAAUUUGAUUAUAUACACCUGUGAUUUCUUUUUAAAAGUGGCUGCCGUGCAAAAAGCCCUUUAACGUGAUGUUGCAUUGCUUUUACACUGAACUUUAAAGUCAUCAACUUGUAACUAGUGCUGUAUCUGUCAAUGCUUUCUUUUUUUUAAUAUAUAUGCGGGAAAUAUUGUGCAUGACUUCAAUGGAGCCUGGAAUUAUAGAUGCAUAUUAGCUGGAUGUAUAACGUGAUAACAUGCCAAAGUGACUGUGUGCGGAUAGAAAUUCACUCCAUUAUUAAUGAUACUGAGAGCUUACAUCUUCUAUGUUUAUAUUCCUAGAUUUCUGUUUCCAUUUUUCACUUCCAGUAAAGCCAGGUUUUCUACAUAAACACUGCAAUCAAGUGUUGUAGGAACUAUCAUAUUUUGUUACUUCUAAUAAACAUUUUUUAACCAGUA